CACAGCGGCAGGCCACGCACGGGGCGUCCGGCACCAGCAUUGCAGCGCACCGAGCACCACGGCAACGGCACUACCUACGGCCGCGGCGGCGGUGAGGUUACAAUAUAGGAAACCACCUGACACGCCCCCACCGUUUUCCCAGUCAUCACAAAGGAUCCGCCACUCUCUAUAUAGCUGCAUCUUCUAAUCAACCGAGCGCGCGCGCACGUCACGUACACACACACACACACACACGCGCGCACGCACGCACACACACACACACCGCUGACACACCACAUACGCAUUAGUGCGCACACACACGCGCGCGCUUGAGACGCACGUAUUAUACACAAUAUAUUAUAUUAUUAUAGUUACAGAUACAUUUUAUUAUUAUUAUUAUUAUUAUUAUUAUUGUUUUUUUUUUUAAAUUUUUUUUUUUAUUUUCUCUUUUGUACGCCACUGACUGAUGUGAAUAACUUAUUAGCGCUGCGCUGGCUCCUCUCGCGUACGGCUGGCUGGUGGUGGUGUCCCGAAAGCGGAUUCUCGUCAAACAAUAAUAAUAAUAAUAAUAAUAGCAGCAGCAAUAGUAACGCAAUAUCAUAUUAUUAUUGUUGUUAAGUUAUUAUAAUAUAUCCUCUUGACAUCUGUGAGAUUUUCGUUCCGCCGCCGACGUUGUUCCGUACGUAUUAUAAUUAUUUGAGACUUUUUUCGUCGUAAUCGCGUCAAUAUGGCGUAGUGCCGCCGUCCGAUUUCGUCUUCGUCGUCGAGCUGCCGCCGUUAACGGUAUUGUCGUAGGUAGUUUGGUAGGUAGUUAGCCGUCGCCACCGUUCUGUGUCAGUGCGAUACACAGCUCCGGUAAUAAUAAUUAGUAAUUACUGUACAUCAUAAGGUUAAUGUAUUUUACCUAAUCACCAACAAACAGUGCGUACGGGGUUUUGCUUUCGUUAUUGUUUAGUGCUUUUGGAUUUUCAAAGUUUGUAUGUGUUACUGCUACCGAGUAGAUAAUACGCAACGUUCGCCGGUGAUGUUAUCGUUGGCGUGACUGUGAAGACCGUGAAAAAGAAUUGUCCCUGUUCCAUGACUUCGACGGAUUUAUCAACAAUCCGACAACGGACAUCAUCCGCAGUUACCUUGUAGCGCACUAACGUCGCUUGUCAAAACAAAUAUGACUACGUCCAUCAGGUCUAUUCCGUCUGACAAGAUAAACCUCAGAUUGAUUCUUGUCAGCGGUAAAACUAAAGAAUUCAUAUUUAGUCCUAACGACUCGGCGGGUGAUAUAGCUCAAGCAAUUUUUGAUAAUUGGCCAGAAGAUUGGGCGGACGAAGCAGUUGAAAAAGCCGAGAUCCUCAGACUGAUAUAUCAGGGUCGUUUUUUACACAGUAACGUCACGUUGGGUGCUCUAGGCCUUGUACCAGCCCGUACCACUGUUAUGCAUCUUGUACCAAGGGAAACAUUACCCGAACCUAAUUCACAAGAUCAAAGACAGAAAAGUAAAGGUGCAAGCAGUAGUUGCUGUUCAGCUGCCUGUACUAUAUUAUGAAUGUGUUCUAUAAUAAUGCAAAUAUUGUGUAUUUAGUAAAAAUAUAUAAAGUAUGCUUAAAAUGCAACUUUCAAAACAAAUUUUUAGUGAGUGGUCCCACCAUUUACCCAAUGAUGAAUCGUGACCAUUGGUGGGUUAAUGUUCUAUAGAUUUUUUUGACUUGUAUAUUUUCAGAAAUCCCCUCCAAAUUUUUUUUAAUUAUUAUUAUUUUUGUUUUUUUAUUAACUAUAUUAUAGAUAGGUCUAAGGACAAAAAAUGUAAUUAAACGUUAUAUUAGGUUUAUUAAUACAUCACAAUUAUGACACGAGUAUAAGCCUGUUUCAUUUGUGUCUGUAUUUUAAAAAACUGUGUUCAAUUUAUAAAAAUUAACGCAACAAAUUUAAAUCACUAUGAUUAUGGAUAAUCGAACUAUCCCUUAUUUUGUAUUGUUGCAAUUCAUGAUGAAAAUCUUUAAUCUUUACUGUUGUAUGUUAUUUAGAUUUGUUCGGUUUCCUUUAAACAACAAAAAAAAGUUAAUAAAAAAUAAAAAUAUUUUUAUAAAAAUAUAUAUGUAUACAUUUAAAAAUAAAUGUAAUUGCACGGUAUAUGAUUACUGUUCUCCAUUUGUCUUUAUGAUGUAUAUUAAGUGUAAAUAGUAAUAUUCAUUCAUACAUUUAAAUUAUGUUUUGAAUUAUAUAUUCGGGAUGAACGAAAACAACCUGCAAUAUCUCAGAGUCGUGCUUUGGUUUGUGCUCAUUAUUCUUAAGCUAUAUGAAAUAUAAACUUGAUCUUAUUGUUGUAUGGAUGUUAAUUAUAUUGGUUGUCUUAAAUCAUAAUGUUUAUAAAAAAUAUUAUAGUUUAAUAUACACUAUUAUCAAGAAACUUAAAAUAUAUAAAUUAUAUUUUUUUUUUUUUGCUUUUACUCUUC